AUGGUACCAGCUAUACAACCUUUAUGGAGUCAAAUGCAGAUAAAGUUCCAGCUGGGAGCAGACUACAAACUGCUAGCAGAUGAUGGACAACGGGUUCCGUGGAUAAACAUUAUCCAUCAGAACAAUGCGAGACCUCGGGCGAUUUUUACUCUGUGGCAGGCAUGCCACAAAAAGCUGGCAACACGGGACAGAUUGAGACGGUUUGCCAUAUUGGCUCAUAGCGAAUGUAGUUUCUGUCCUUAUGAGGAAACUCAUGAGCACCUCUUUUUUGAAUGUGAGGAAACAAAGAAAAUCUGGAAAUCUGUUUUACUUUGGAUGCAAGUAACACAUGAACCUCUCUCUUGGUGUGAUGAAAUCUCAUGGCUGGUGAGCAAAACUAAAGGAAAAGGGAAACUUGUUGCACUUCUCCGCCUUGCUAUAGCUGAGACUAUUUACAGUGUAUGGCGACAUAGGAAUGAUACAUGUUUUGGCAUUAGACAACAUAUAGAUACUAUAGUCAAGGGUGUUGUUAUUGUUUAUGUUGUUAAAGAUCUUUUAGGAAGGAUUAGUUCUGCUGCUGGAGUGAUUUAG